AUGCUCCUCACAGCUUCUUUUUUAUCCUUUGUGAUACCGAUACAACAUGUCUGGGCUUUGAACAUAACAUUUCUCUCCCCUCCAACGGCCGCUCAAGACAAUACCUUUCUUUGGACGGGAGAGGAUGAUGAUCCAUCAAUAAUCUGGUUGAGGAAGCAGAAGCUUGGUGAUACAAUUGGAGCUACUUCAUGGUCUGACGAUACCGUACAGUUGGAUUUGUCAGAUUUGGCCGGAAGCGCUCAGAUCCAUUUCAACGGAGCGGGGGUGUUCAAGAUUGGGGCUUUCAACACGGGUGACCCAAAUACUGAAGGAAUGGCACCUAUCUGGAUUGAACAGUUCACCGUAUCCGUGAAUUCUACUUCUACUGGCGCUAUCAGUGGGGCUUCGUCGACACCACCUGUAUCAUCCUCCUCUUCAGUUGGCAGCCCACCAACUCUAAUGCCAUCGAAUGGCAGAAAUAGAGUCGAACAACCCCUCAUAAUUGGUCUAACUGUUGGAUUCGGAACCCUCGCCACUAUCGGGGCUACCAUUUUGUACUUCCAUUACAGACGCCGAAGGAAGACCGAUACCAUGCCUCCGAGUCUGACACCCUUUUCUGAUACAACGGUUUAUAACAUAACACACACGGAUAUAAAGGAACAACAGAGGCAGGGGAUUGGACAGAGAGAACUUGAGCAUCAGUCAUGGGUGGAUGAACAAGCGCAUCAGACGUCUCCUGCCAACAAUCAAGCUGAUCAUACCGGAUUCAAUCGACUCGGAGACGACCCCUUCCAAGAAUUCUCCGACGCCCUUCGCCUAGAUAUCAUGGAACAAAAGAUGCAGAUGCUUGGCCAAAGGGAACGCCUUGAACGUGAGUUAGCGGCGUACGAGCAAGCGUCCCAAGCGUCGAACUCAGGAACUGGGACCGUUCCUGACGGUAUCAAUGGAUCAAAUCAUGAAGAUGAGAUUGUACAAGUCUCUCGUCGUCAGCUGGAACUGUUAACACAACGAAUAGCGGCUUUGGAGGCAGCAAUGGCACCUCCCGAUUACAGCUCCCGUACCAGCCGAUGA